AUGACGCAGGCUGAAGUUGAUGAUACAUUAAAACGUAUACAAGAACAUAAAGGUGUUCAAGGCUAUUUAAUUAUAAAUAGUGAUGGCAUUCCAAUUCGCUCAAGUCUCGAUGCAUCUGUAACUCAGCAAUAUGCAGCAUUAAUUAAAUCUUUAUCUGAUAAAGCUCGCUCAACUAUUCGUGAAAUGGAUCCAUCAAAUGAGCUUUUAUUUUUUCGUAUGCGUACUAAAAAACAUGAAAUAUUGGUUGCACCUGACAAAGAAUAUACAAUGAUCGUUUUACAAGCAACAGAUGCUUCAUAA